GGUAUAGCGGCAAUCAGGACACUGGUAUGGGGUAUAGUGGUGAUCAGGAUGAUGGUAUAGGGUAUGGCGGUGAUCAAGAUGCUGGUAUGGGGUAUAGCUGCAAUCAGGACGCUGGUAUGGGGUAUGGAGGUGAUCAGGAUGAUGUAUGGGGUAUGGCGGUGAUCAGGAUGAUGGUAUGGGGUAUGGUCAUGAUCAGGAUGAUGGUAUGAGGUAUGGCGGUGAUCAGGACGCUGGUAUGGGGUAUGGUGGUGAUCAGGACGCUGGUAUGGGGUAUGGCGGUGAUCAGGACGCUGGAAUGG